AUGGCUUGCAUCGUAGUGGACGCCGAGCCGAUUUUCGGUGCAAUCUACCGCCCGUUUUUCAAUGAAACAAUAUUCGGCCUACAAGGAUUCGGAGUGGUGACGUCGGAUGGGAAGAAGAUUUCACCUGUGGACGAGGGAAAAACUGAUAAGAAAGUGGUUGUAUCGAGAAGUCAUGCGGGAAAAGUGAAAGAAAUUGUUGAGAAGGUUUACGGAGAUAAAAUGACAAUUGAAGCGGCUGGAGGCAGUGGAUAUAAGACGUUGAGGCUGGUUAAUGGCACUGCUGGUAAGGGAAACAAAUAUAUUUUCUAA